AUGGGGAAGCCUCAGAAUUCAAUGGACGUUUUAUUAAGUGCUGCAUCAUCUUCACGGGCUUUACUAGAAGUCUUUGACAUGUUCCAAAUCGCGGCUCAACUGGACGGUCUGCGGAAAGCUGUUUCAUUAUCAUGCAUUCAAGUUAGCAACGUGUGCUUUAUUACCUGCCGUAAUUUCGCCUCUGUGCCUUUCUUACCUUUCCUGGUUGCCUCACCGAGUUUCACACGAUAUAAUAACCGAGGUCUGCUGCAUCUAGCAGAAGUAGAGAAGGCUGUCAUCGCGAGAUUAACACGAAACCAAGAUCGAGAUGACCAUCUUCCUCUGGUUGGUCAACGGUAUAUUCCAGUUGCCAGUCUGACUCCACAACAACAGACGAUUCUGAGAACCCGAUUCUUCGUAGAUCUUCCCGACAAGAAGAUGAAUGCGUUGAAAGAUGUCCUCGACUGCACAUACGAAUCUUUCAACUUCUGGCCCAGACACAGAGGCGUUAUUUUCUCAGCGGAUCAAACUAUGGUGUGCCUCGUGAACUUUUGUGACCACGUCACCAUCCUCGCCACAGGUGACGACCAGCAGCAGCUCUGCAACGGAAUGACGAUGCUUCGAGCGCUGCAAAGCAUUCAGGCCACAGUGGCUGCGCUGGAAGAUAAAGACGCUCCUGAUGGCUUGGUCAUCGCUAGACGGGCUGACAUUGGUGGCUAUGCUGGUCCUAGUCUGAAGAAGAGUGUGUGCCUGGCUACCUCUAUCGCCGCCCAACAUGCGCCUGUCGCCUCAUUGCUCGCAGACGACCUUCUAUGA